AGAUCACCUAAAAAGAGAUUUUUACCUUUAGAUCACUUUUUUUUCACCAAAAAUUAGCUUUAUUUUUUCUAUUAUUCUAAUAUAGCAUGUCGUGGCGAGCUCGUUUUACACCUUGCAUUGGCUCCAUUAUAGUAUGGUUGAACCCCAAGGAUCCAAACUGUUUUGGUGUUCGCAACUGGUGGCGAAACAAUAUGCCGGAGCUGCAGCUACUAAACCCAUUCUGCAUUUUUACAAUUCAGGAGCUUUCUUUUGGAGAGCCUCAUAUGCACAUAGUUUACACACCAAUAGAUCAGCGUAUGAUUCGCCUUGCCGGUGCCACUGAGGAGGAAUGUGAGGACAUCAUGGAGGCUUGUAUUACCUACGGCAUGAAUCAUGUGAUUCUUGAUAGACCCCGAGCAGAUGACGGCGGUGAUCUCAUAAACCAGCCAUCCGUCAUAUCCUUUGGGUAUAUGGAGAGUUUCACGGCAAAGCUGGAGGUGUCCCCCCCGGCAGAUAUUGGUCAGCAUACAACCGAGGGUGUAGAUGAUCCAGGGCAGAAGCCUCGUGUCUAUCCGCGAAACAUAGGCUCUAAAUUGAUACCCUGAUUAGUAAAUGAGGCAAACUCUUCACUUCUGAAAAGGAAUAUCGUUGGAAAACAGUUUUAUUGUGAGUUUUUUCCUUUUUAUGCGUAGAAGGUAUUUUUUUAUAGUAGUUUUUUUCACUAUAACCUGAACCUGUGUAUGAUUUUGAACUCUAGGAAUCAAGGUUUUGUGAACUAGUUAGCUCUUAGGGAUAAUAGUAUUAUCUAGCAAGGGAUGCAUAUUUUUUAUUAUAUAUAUUUUUUGGCUGCAUAUUUAGACAUUCUCAGAUAAAUCUGAAAAAAAAUCAGGCAUUAUUGUG